AUGAAUAUAAAGUCAAUUUCAUUGUUGGUUGUCUUAUCAACUUUAUUAUUGGUGCAAUCAUGUAGUGCACUCUAUUUUGAGUUGAACGGUGGAACCACUAAGUGUUUCAUCGAAGAGAAUCCAAAAGAUACAUUGUUAGUAGGAAACUACGUAUUGGAAGAUCUUAACCCACAAGCUGGUAUCUCAACUCCAUUAGCACUCUCUGUUAUUGUAACAGACCCAGAGAAUCACGAAGUUCUCUCUAAACAAAUGGGAGCAAGCGGUAGAUUCGCAUUCCAAACACUUAUUGGUGGUGAAUACAAGAUCUGCAUUUCUACAAACUCUUCAAAGUGGUUCGGUCCAACCAUUAAGACUAGAUUACAUUUGGAUAUUCAGGUUGGUGCCAACGCUAAUGACUACGAAGAAAUUGCCAAGGUUGAACAAUUGAAUAAUUUAGAAAUUUCAGUAAAGAGAUUGAAUGACAGAGUUACACAAGUUAGAAAGGAACAAAGCUAUCAAAAGGCACGUGAAAUCACUUUCCGUAACACAUCAGAGAGUACCAACUCCCGUGUUAUGUGGUGGGCCAUUCUUCAAGUUGUUGUUCUCUGUUUGACAGGAAUGUGGCAAAUGAGACAUUUGAAAUCUUUCUUCAAGGCAAAGAAAUUAGUAUAA